AUGCCUGGUAGCCGGACGCUUCAUUUGACUUCAAUGUGGUCACUGGAGGACCGAGGGAUUCUAGAACUCCGAGACAAGCUCAAAGCAUUGAAUCCCGGCGCUUCGAUGAAGGUCGAAUAUCUACGCAAUAAACAUAUCUUGGUUAUCACUGGCCAGUUCGAUGAAGAAUUUGAUGUAGAAGUCACAUCACUGCUUGCAGACUAUAUCGAAGAGCAUCGUCGCAAUGAUGAUCUACUCGAUAUGCCGAGAGUUCGUCAACUUCCAAUCUCGGCCUACUUUGAUCCCACUCCCCUUCCCGGCUAUGGAAAUGAUGCGCAGCCAGAUGUGGAAACCCUAGUGGAGGAUAUCAUGCCGACACAAACCACUAGCGAUGAACGCAUUGUCAAGUUCUGGUAUCCCUCGCAGGUAGGAUUGGGUCCCAUCUCUCGUGACUCGGGUCCUCUCCUGUCUCGCAUUUCCCAAACGACGGACACGCGAAUUACAGUGCAGGGAACCCGAGGGCUUCGCAUUUCUGCACAACGCAUGGACGACAUGAAACAUGCAGUUGAUAUACUCGACGCCGUUGAAGAAUGCUUGGACCUCAUUGAGAAUCCAAAUCGAGGAGUGAUCAUCUUUACUCCAAAACGGGAGAAUGCUACCUUUCGCAUCAUGCCAUAUGCACAGAUCAGUGCCACUGCCUUGUGGCGUAUUUUAAUCGACCGAAAUGUUCCUCUUCACCUCUCAAAGAUAAUGACUCUGGUCGUCUGUGAAUUUGAUGAGCUCGCUAACGAAUUCCUUCCACUUCGCAAACUUCGGCAGCCGCCGCAAGUGCCCCUGAAGGAAGCGAGCAUUACUCGAGACUGGGAAGGCUAUCAUUUUCCAGAGAUCGGUCCGAAACACGAUCCCCUUCUAGGGAAAAUUGAUCGGCAUCUCCCGCCCAAAAGUGAGACCUCCCAUGAGAAGAGCGACGCCCAACACCCGUAUCUUUCUACCGGGAAGGCAAAAGAUGUCGACAAAUGGAUCUCUCGGGGUGUCACUAAACGGCCUUUGGCAAGUGACGGCCAUGUGAAAAGAGACCUGGAAGAUCACCCCACCUCCCCCGAGCUUGUUGCGUCCAGCCCGCCACCUGAGCCCGGCGUUUCCACAUCAUGGCGCCAGAGACAGUCGAGUCCAUUUAAGGCGAAGCCAACAGGUAUCAAAGGGCGCGUGGUUAUGUUACCAGAUGGAACAGUAGCACUGCCUAGCCAGUCUCAACAAGAAAAACCAAUAGACACACCUUGUGGCCUGAAUAGCUCCAUAUUUAGCAGACUCAGCUAUAGGGAGAGAGUCAGGGACCAACAGGUAGCCGGUUCGUCUGCCUCAGUCCCUCAAGAAAAAAGACCCGUUAGUACUCUUCGAGGCGUGACUGACUCCACUGCUCCAAGUGUAGCUUCCAAACAAUCGGGCGCAAUGUCUGAGGCAACCGAUUCUGCGGCUUCUACCUAUUCCACCUCUACUCAGGAACCGAAGUCAAAUGCCACCCCUCGUCUCCCAAUUUUAUCCACUCCUUCAGCUACAAUCCACAAACAGCCGGGAGACAUGUCAUAUGCCGCUGAUUUGGCUAUCUCUCCCGCUUCCCAACAAGAAGAGCUGACUAGCACUCUGCGUCGACCAAUUCGCUCUAGUUCACCAAGAGUCGACAGGACCCAGCCUUUCGGCAUACCCGAGGCAGUGAAUUCACAGGUGAAUACAAAACCUCAAGGACGAAGUGUUGAUUCAGUGAUGGGGGAGAUAAAGCUAAUGCUUGAGACGGCCAAGAUCACGAGGGGAACUGGAAUAGAAGAAGUGUCCAGCAAGCCAGCGACAACAGAUAAAAAGCAGGCAAGCGCCAUAUCCACUCAGAUGGAUCUCAGCACAGAGGAAACAGAAAGCCUCAGUCUCCUCAUUGAUCUUGAUUGCGAAGUUAGAAGCUUCAAUAAUGGUCUUCAACACAAUGUUGCGUUUAAUCCACUAGCCACAGUCCCAUCAAUCGUUCCGGAGCAGUCUACAGAUGCUCAUCAUGACCAAUUCCACUAUGGCGAGGCUCUCACUUUUACGGAAACUGGUGACAUUUUUGAUAUGCCCAAUAUCGACGACAUAACUAUGCAACCUGAGCUAACCCAGGAUCCGUUGAUCCUCCGUGCGACGACUCCAACCCCUAUUCCUAGCGAGUUUGCUCAACCAGAGUUCGCUACAGAUGUGCCGUUGCCUGAUUCAGAUGUUGCUGACUCUCAUGAUGAGAGCGACGUAUCGGAAGAUGAACAGAAACAUGAACCGGUCCCAGAACACCGCAGCAAGGCCGAUGAGGUCGCAAUGGAAUAUCUGCUCAGGCAGAUCAAGGACAAUCCCAGCCAAGAAAUUCUCAAUAUAGAGGAGAUUGCGCUACCUCUUGAUGCUACCCUUAAUGAUCCUGCACUUCGAGGUCUGCCUUCUGGCUCGCGUGACCGCACUCCGCAUCAUGGUGUUCAGCAACUUCAUCGCCUUGCUGAUCAAAGGAGUGAGAAGGUGCCAUUUCUUCAUCCAGAUCUCAUUGAUAUCUCACCUCGGAUGCUUUCUCCUCGCUUGGGGACGUCUAGUCGUGGCUCUUUGCAAAAGCCUGACUCCAAAAAUGAUGAGCAACAUGCAGAACCAGUAGUUGACGAAAAGCUGGCUGUCUCAGAGGAGACUCGGACAAGAGAAUUCCGCGAGACAAUGUUUCAUCAGCGACCUUCUGACAAGGCUUUUCAAUGGGUGGAUGAAGUAACCAAGGCAGCGAGAAGGGCAAAAAUUGAAGUCCACACUUCUAAUUCCUUGCAGCGAAGGGAAAACACCGAAACAAAUGCAGAGAAUAAGGCAAAGGCUGAAGUUCCCAUUGCUAAACUCUGGCAGCGAAGAGCAGAAUCCAAAUCAACAGAAGAACAGCCACGAAAAGACACUGCUUUGCCCAUGAAGACGGUUGUGAAAUCAUCAGAAGAAAAAAAGCUCAUUCGUGAAUCGACAGAGCGCCUGUAUCGCUUCCUAGAACCAAUCCUUGAUGCAGUUCGCAGCUUUCCUGGAGCUUUGAGCCUCCAAAUUCAGUUCGGCCUUAUGUUCAUGCCCAGUUUGCCAGCUUCAACAAAAGAGAGAGAUGAGCUACAAGGCGCCUCAUUCUUCCAGCGCUUGACUUCAUCUCCCGCGGAUAUUGACUACCUCAUCGAUUUGGAGGUCAACCAAUGUCGCCUGUUCGACCAAAAUUACAGCCACCGAGGCGUGAAAUACGAAUUCUGGUGCCGCGUUGGUCCGAACAGGAUCAUUAUUAUUUCAGUUAAUGAACGUGGAAAUGCUAUGAUUCGCUAUCCUGAAUUCUCUCUAGGCAGUGUGCACUUGAGCUUCCCUUCCCAAGUGUGGGAUGCAGCUGCUAGAGUACAAGGCUUUGUCGAAUACAUUACGGGGGCUGACCUGGAGCUUGACGAAGCUGCACGAAUGAUGGCGAAAAGCAUCCGGGUAGAACCAAGCAAUCAACAUCUUCGUAUGCUCGUCCGUCUUCCCACCGACUCAAAGAUCAGAAUUGACCAGGUAUUCAUGGAACGGUGGAGCCGUCACCCUUACCGCUCGGAACGGAGCAAGGACUUGUUUCUCCAAAUCAGCGAAACGCAAGAGCUUUUUGGCAUCCCCUCCGUCCUGAGCUCGGAAAUCAAGGUUUUUCAGAACGCCCCGCUUGAACAAAUGGUCAAGGAUGGAAAGCAGUGGUGGCAGGCCUCGAUUGUCAGCAGCAAGGUGGAUGAAAUCAUGAAAUCGAAUUCCUUCGUUGAGCCUGGUGGACGCAACGAGUCCUGGUGCGCGACAGAUCUUCUCGGUGCAGACAUCAUGAAUAUCAUUCCCUCUACUGCGAACGAGGGUCUGAGUACUCUCGGGGCCGAAGUCGGCCAUUCGGGAAUUGGAGCCAUGUUGCAACUUGCCAAAACAGUCGUGCAGAAAGUCGAUGCUGUGGGGUACUGGAACAGAGGUCCUGGCAGUAUUGAGAAGCGCACUAUCACAUCGAACGAGCGCAGCCGUGAUAGUACAGGUACAGUCAAGGAGUCAUCCAGUUACUUGGGAAAAGAGAUAAUUCCCUGGGUUAGGCCACCUAAGCACAGGUGGUGA